CGCAAUUACAGUGCAGUUCCCAAAACACUUUAAAAAGGACACUUAUCCUGCUGUCAGACCAUCACUGACAGAAGUGUCGACAUGCACAUCAUCAACAUGCUCCUCUUACUACUCGUGCUGUUCCUGCUCUUCGGUGUCCCGGCGGUUCAAUCCGUCCCCACCUUUCAGCACGAAGACCCGGUCACCGGUCGGAGCCUCGCCUGUAACCAGUGUCCACCCGGAACUUACAUGGCCGCCUACUGCACCGCCACCACACAAACCAAGUGCCUGCCCUGCAAGAGCCAACACUUCACCGAGGUGUGGAACUACCUGCCCAAGUGUCUGUACUGCUACAACUUCUGCUCUGAGAACCAGGAGGUGGAGACGGAGUGCUCAGCGACCACCAACAGGGUCUGUCGGUGCAAAGAGGGUUUCUAUCUGAUCAAUGACUUCUGCAUGAGACACUCAGAGUGCGGGGUCGGACACGGUGUUAAAACGAAAGGUACGCCACAAACUGACACUGUUUGUGAGAGCUGUUCCGAGGGCUACUUCUCAACUUCAUCUUCCGCGCUGGAGCCGUGCGUAAAACACCAGGACUGCGCAAACGGACAGAUUGCGCUCCUCCCUGGCACAGUUAACCAGGACAAAAUGUGUGGCUCCUGCGAGGAUCUUGUAAACGGAGGUGAGACGCUCAGGUCUUUCGCCUCAGGAUUCUUCAGUAUGCACAGGAUGCGUGUGUCGAAAAUGAAGACGUUUGUUUCCAGGUAUAUUCAUGAGUCAGCAGGGGGAACGGUCGCCAAACAGAGAGGUCCUCUGAUGGAUCAGAUCAAAUCGUGGCUGGCCCAGGCUCCAGAGUCACAGCUGAAAAGUUUGCCACAGAUGCUGAAGGCUUCACAGCUCCGCUCCAUGGCAGAAAAACUAGAGAGUAUAGUCAAUAGCAUUAAGGAGCAGAGCCCAAACUGCACCUUAUCAUUCGUUGUUUAGAUGUAGAGUGACAGUGUCCAUGGCACAUACAGUAACAUAUACCUCUUUCUUAUUUGGCAGUUUUGCCCACUUGAAAACAAGUAUUUAUAUAUUUUUUUUCAUUUGCAUUUCAAUUGAGAGUACAUGCACUGCCUUAAAGACUGACCUAGUGAUAUUUCAUAAAUGUUUUUGUUUCUUUAACUCAGCUAAGACUGUUUACAUCAGAUUUUUAUGAGGGAAGAAGUGACAAACCGUUAAACUUGGGAGAAUUAUGAAUAUAUUUAACAACACAUUGUGACAUUACAUGAUAGAUUGUACAUAAAUACUUAUGUUUGAAAGUGAGCGACAAUUAAAAUAAAUGUUAUCAUAAAAAUGUUUGAAGUCCUGUGAAACUGAGUGAUAAACUGAAAACGUAACGUGCAGCAGCGAAAUAAAGAAUACCGGUAUGAUCUAA